ACCAAUGGUCUUUAUAUCUUAGACUUAGACGCCACUGUUUAUAACGUAGAUGUUAAGAGAAGCAAACCAAACAGUUUGAAUCUCACAUACCUUUGGCAUUGUCGUUUGGGCCACAUUAACGAGAAACGCAUAUCUAAGUUACGUCACUCUGGCGUACUUGAUUCAUUUGACCUCGAGUCUUAUGAUGUAUGCCAAUCUUGUUUACUCGGUAAAAUGACAAAUGCUCCAUUCACCGGUCACGAUGAAAGGGCGAGUGAUGUAUUAGGCCUCAAACACUCUGAUGUAUGUGGCCCAAUCAACACUGAAGCUAGAGGUGGUUUCUCAUACUUCGUAACAUUUACUGAUGACCUCAGCCGGUAUGGAUAUGUGUAUCUCAUGAAACACAAAUCGGAAUGCUUUGACAAGUUCAAAGAAUUCAGAAACGAAGUAGAGAAACAAUUAGGCAAAAGUAUCAAGACCCUCCGCUCGGAUCGAGGAGGUGAGUACUUAAGCCUGGAGUUCGACGACUAUCUAAAAGAGCACGGGAUCCUAUCCCAGCUGACUCCUCCCAGUACACCCCAAUUAAAUGGAGUGUCUGAAAGGAGAAACCGAACGCUGCUCGAUAUGGUUCGGAGUAUGAUGAGUCUGACAACAUUACCAGAGUCCUUUUGGGGAAAAGCACUAUUAACUUCCGCACACACACUCAAUCGCGUACCAUCUAAGGCUGUUGAGAGCACACCAUACGAGCUAUGGCGUGGGACAAAACCAAAUUUGUCGUACUUGAGGAUUUGGGGUUGUGAUGUUUACGUUAGACGCCUCAUGAUGUCUGGUAAGCUGGAUUCCAAAUCUGACAGGUGUAAAUUUGUGGGAUACCCUAAGGAAACGAAAGGGUAUGAGUUCUAUCAUCCGACCGAUAACAAAAUCUUUGUUGCUCGGAACGGAACCUUCCUUGAGAAGGAGUUUCUGCUAUUUCUAGUCGGAGAAAGGUAGACCUCGAAGAAAUUCGAGAACCACAAAAAUAGAUCUCAAUAGGAGUGGAACCCGAGCGUCAAGAUUUAGUAUCUCGACCGGCUCAGAUUUUACCAAGGAGGUCAGACCGGAUGCGUAAUCCUCCGGUUAGAUACGGCUUCCUUGUAUCUGAUGAAGGUUACGUCUUGCUGGUAGACCAAGGCGAACCUAAGACCUACCUCGAGGCAAUCACGUGCCCCGAAUCCGAACAAUGGCUUAAUGCCAUGA